ACCUUUACAGGUGUAACCUCUCUAACUUCUCUGAGCUGCUGACACAAAUUGCAGACAUGGCUACUGCCAGCAGUCUGCUGUCAGAGGAGAGGUUCCUGUGCUCCAUUUGUCUGGACGUCUUUACCCAGCCAGUGUCAACGCCAUGUGGACACAACUUCUGCACUGAUUGUAUCCACACGUAUUGGGACAGUAACGCCAUUUGCCAGUGUCCAUUCUGCAAAACAACAUUUUCUUCAAGGCCUAAACUCCGUGUCAACAUCGUCAUGUCUGAACUUGCUGCUGAGUUUGCAAAGAUGGUUCAAGUCAAAUCCUCUGCUUCGAAGCCACAGCUUCCACAGUUCCAUGAUGUUCCAUGUGAUAUCUGCUCUGAUGUGAAAGAGAAGGCUGUUAAGUCUUGCCUGAUGUGUCUGACGUCUUUCUGUCAAGUCCAUCUUGAGCCUCAUCACAGAGUUCCAGGUCUUAAGAGCCACAAACUAAUUGAUCCUGUGGGUGAUCUUGAUGACAGGAUGUGCAAAAAACACAACAAGGUAACAGAACUGUACUGUAGGACUGACCAAGCUUGUGUUUGUGUCUCAUGUUUCAAAACCGACCACAAGAGUCAUGAUAUUGUCUCUCUAGAGGAAGAAUAUGAAUCAGCGAUAGUCAAAAAAGAUGCAGUGAAGACAAAUAUUCAAAAGAUAUUACAGUCACGAUCUCAAAAGAUAGAUGAGCUUGAAAAGUCCCUUGACAUCAGUCAGAAAGAAGCUGAGAAAGAGAAAGAAGCCUGUGUUCAGGUGUUCUCUGACCUCAUCUCCUCUAUUCAGAGAAGCCAGGCUGAGAUUGUUGAGGUGAUUGAUGAGAGGAACAGAGCAAUGAAGCAAAAGGCUGAAGGGUUUCUCAAAGAACUGAGGAUGGAAGUGGCUGAGCUUCAAAGAAGAAGCAGUCAGUUGGAGCAGCUGUCGCAGUCUGAGGACCAUCACAGUUUUCUCCAGAACUUCCCAACCUUGUCCUCUCCUGUAGAGAAGGACUGGACCAACGUCAGUGUGCAGAGUAGCGUGUCUUUUAAGGAACUGAGAACAGCUGUGGAUCAGAUCAAAUGCAGCGUAGACAGUCUUAUGCAAAAUAUUAAAAGAGAGAUCAAAAUGCAAAGAAUGACAGAACAUGCAGUGGAUUUGACUCUUGACCCAGAAACAGCUCACUGCUCACUGAUCAUAAAGCAAGGUGGAAAAUGGGUUGCUACAGGAGACAAACAAAAUCUCCCCAACAAUCCAAAGAGAUUUGAGAUGUAUCCUGAAGUUCUGGCAAAGGAGGGCUUUACAGGAGGGAAGUUUUACUUUGAGGUGCAGGUUGAAAAGAAGACCAAGUGGGCUGUUGGAGUAGUCAGAGAGUCUGUAGAUAGAAAAGGAGACACAGAUCUAGCAGUUUCAGAUGGUUACUGGACCUUUGGGUUAGAUGAGGGUGUAUAUUUCGCAUAUGAAAAUUCACAAAUUGCAAUCAAAAUGAAAGAGAAGCUUCGAACAGUCGCCAUCUUCGUGGACUACGAUAAAGGAUUGGUUUCUUUCUAUAAUGUGGAUUCUGGAUUGCACAUCUACUCUUUCAAAGGCCAACGCUUUGCAGAGAAACUAUAUCCAUACUUCUGCCCUCAAGACAUCCACAAUGGAAUAAACUCUGCCCCUCUCAUCAUAACACCUGUACCUCAAACUAACUAAAUAUUACUUUCAUCCUCUAGAGGUCACAGAGAAAUGGAACCUCAUCUUUGUUACUACUUUCUACUCUCUGUACUUUCCUGUGUUCGCAUGGGUUCUCUCUGGGUUCCUCCCACCUCCAAAGACAUGCUGGCUAAUUGGUGACUCUAAAUUGACCCGAGGUGUGAGUAUGAAUGGUUGUCUGUCUAUGUGUUAGCCCUGCGACAGGCUGGCGUGCAGGGUUGUAUUCUGUAUUCUGUAGAAUCCUGUUGUAUUACACAGCUUUAAGCUAUCAGUAUUGUAAUGUAGUUCAAAGUUACCAAGGUAUGUUGAUGUUUUUAUGUUUUUAUGCACAAAGGGAGAGGUUGGGAGAGGGUUUCAUCUCUAAAGUGUGAUCAAAUGCAGUCAAUGACCUGUUUAAAAUGAACAGAAAAGGGAUUUUACUGGGAGAAAAGACACACACUUGUAAAAUCAGUUUUGUUGUUUUUUUGGGUGCUUUGCUUUUAAUGUGUCACAUGAAUAAACUAAUCGUGACUGGUUUUCUUAUCA